AUGGAUCAAGAACGGCAGCAAGAUGGGCGGUUCCGCGAGCCGAUAGCGGUGAUUGGAUCUGGCUGCAGAUUUCCAGGAGCAUCUAGCUCCCCAUCAAAGCUCUGGGAGCUCCUCCAACAACCCCGUGAUGCUUUGAAGGAAUUUGACCCGGAACGACUUAACCUGUCCCGCUUCCACCACAAGAGCGGCGAUACCCACGGAGCUACAGACGUUGGAAACAAAUCCUACCUUCUUGAGGAGGAUACCCGCCUUUUCGAUGCCGCGUUCUUUGGCAUCAGCCCAGUCGAGGCUGCGGGCAUGGACCCACAGCAGAGAAUCUUGUUAGAGGCUGUUUACGAGGCGUUUGAGUCUGCCGGGAUGACUCUGGACGAGUUGAGAGGCUCAUUCACAUCCGUUCAUGUAGGAUGCAUGACAUCGGAUUGGGCAAACAUUCAGGCCCGCGAUACCGAGACCGUGCCUAAAUACAACGCUACCGGCUCAGCCAACAGCAUCUUGUCAAACCGAAUCUCCUAUAUCUUUGACCUCAAGGGCCCGUCUGAGACAAUAGACACAGCCUGUUCCAGCUCCUUGGUGGCUUUGCAUAACGCCGCACGGGGCCUCCUCAACGGCGAUUGCAAUGCCGCCGUCGUUGCUGGAGUCAACUUGAUCCUGGAUCCUGCCCCAUACAUCAACGAAUCCAAGCUUCACAUGCUGUCUCCCGACGCUAGAUCGCGCAUGUGGGACAAAGCUGCCAAUGGAUAUGCCCGUGGCGAAGGCGCCGGUGCCCUGCUGCUCAAAAAGCUGAGCCAAGCUCUGAAAGACGGAGACCACAUCGAAGGCCUCGUGAGGGCAACUGGUGUGAAUUCGGACGGCCAGAGCCCGGGAAUUACAAUGCCGUUCUCCCCGACGCAAACUGCUCUUAUUCAAGAGACUUACGCGCGCGCCGGGCUGGAUCCCAUCAAAGACCGGCCUCAGUAUAUCGAAUGUCACGGCACAGGUACCCCUGCGGGCGACCCCGUGGAAGCACAGGCACUUAGCAAUGCCUUCAUUGGCCAAGGCGACAAGUCGACCGAGAACCCCAUAUUCGUUGGAUCGAUCAAGACUGUUAUCGGACACUUAGAGGGUGGCGCUGGCAUUGCUGGUGUCAUCAAAGUCCUGCUCAGCAUCAAACACCGGGUUAUACCUCCAAACCUCCUCUUCAAAGACCUCAACCCAGACAUCGCCCCCUACUAUGGGCCCCUUCAAAUCCCUACAACGGCUGUCCCCUGGCCAAAGCUGCCACCAGGUACUCCCGCUCGAGCCAGUGUGAACAGCUUCGGAUUUGGUGGAACCAACUCUCACGCCAUCAUCGAGAGUUUCGAGGAGGGCUCUGUACCCCGGCCCAACUCCGCCGAGGAAGGCAUCGUUGGUCCUCUGCUGUUCUCCGCAAAGUCAGGAGCAUCAUUAUUGAGGUCUGUCAGGGACAAUCUUGAAUAUAUGCACAAGGACCCCUCGCUUGAUUUGCGCGACUUGAGCGCGUUGUUGCAGUCAAGACGCACUACUCACCGUUGUCGUGCUCACUUCUCAGGAUCGUCCAGAGAUGCCAUUCUAGAGAAGAUGGCCGACUUCGUUAAGAUCCACGAGAAAUCGGCCAGUGACCAAAUCGGUCACCAGCCUCAGCUGAUCAAUCCGAAGGAGGUCCCUGGUGUCCUUGGCGUUUUCACUGGACAGGGAGCUCAGUGGCCCUCAAUGGGACGUGAGCUGAUCCAAAAAUCAUCGCUCUUCCGCAAGUACAUCCAGGAGUGUGAAGCCGUUCUCAAUGCCCUUCCCGAGAAAGACCGUCCCAAGUGGUCCCUUACGGAAGAGCUCAUGAAAGACGCUGCGUCUUCUCGCAUCGCCGAGGCGGCCUUGUCUCAGCCGCUCUGCUCAGCCGUUCAACUUGCAUUGGUCAAGUUGCUCCAGGCGGCUGGCAUCAAGUUUGACGCAGUUGUCGGACACUCAUCUGGUGAGAUUGCCGCUACUUUUGCAGCCGGAAUCAUUACACUCCAAGGCGCCAUGCAGAUCGCUUAUUACCGCGGGUUGCAUGCCAAGUCUGCUGGUGGCGCCAACGGUGCCAAGGGAGCCAUGAUGGCCGCUGGUCUUUCGUUUGUGGAAGCUAAACAAUUCUGCUCUCGUUCGGAAUUCGAUGGGCGGAUUAAGGUCGCAGCCAGCAAUGCUCCCAAGUCCGUGACGCUCUCUGGCGAUCUCGACGCUAUUACCAAGGCACACGAAAUCCUGCAGGCGGACAACGUCUUUGCGCGUCGCUUACAAGUGGACACUGCGUACCACUCGCAUCACAUGUUGCCUUGCUCGCAGCCCUAUCUCAAGUCGCUGCUGGCCUGCAAUAUUAAAGUUAUGCAGCCUACGGGUAAAUGUACUUGGGUCUCCAGUGUCCGUGGCGACACACAGCUUCUGAGGGGUGAUUUGAGUUCUCUGAAGGGACAAUACUGGGUUGACAAUAUGGUCCGUACAGUUUUGUUUACUCAGGCGAUUGAGUCCUCCAUCUGGCAUGGAGGUCCCUUUGAUCUGGCUAUCGAAGUUGGCCCUCACCCGGCACUGAAGGGUCCAACCGAGCAGACGCUCAAGGCUUCGUAUGGCGCUCUCCCGGUAUAUACUGGCGUCCUGAAACGAGGCGGCAACGACGUAGAAGCUUUCUCUUCCGCCAUCGGUACCGCCUGGGCCCAGCUUGGGCCAGCAUUUGUUGACUUUGCUGGUUAUCGCAGUCUGUUCUACAAGGCUGGCACGCCGGCACUCAGGAUCCCCAAGGGAUUGCCGACAUACUCAUGGGAUCACGACAAGGUGUUCUGGCGUGAGGGCCGCCUCUCUCGUCGGUUCCGUCUCGGCAAUGACCAGGGCCACGAGCUCCUGGGACGACGCACGCUCGACGACAAUGAUACCGAGUUACGCUGGCGCAACGUCCUCAAGCUGAGCGAAAUGCCCUGGCUUCGCGGACACGAGGUUCUGGGAGAAGUACUUCUUCCUGGAGCAUCGUAUGUUUCUAUCGCUGUGCAGGCUGGCCAGAGCAUUGCCGCGACAAUGGGUAAGGGGGUCCGACUGAUCGAGGUUUCCAACAUCAAUAUCCUCCGUCCAGUUGUCGUUCCUGAAGGUGUCGAUGGUGUCGAGACUCUCUUCACGACGCGCAUUGUCGAGACAACAAAGGACCACAUUUUGGCAGAGUUCACGUACUACGUAUGCCCUGAUGAAUCUCUGGGCUCCAUGCUGCAGACUUGCAAUGGCGACAUCUUGGUCUACCUUGAGACACAGUCAGACUUUGCAUCUCAAGACACACUGCCUCCCAAGGGAGCCAUGCCUUCCAACCUAACUAGUAUCGACACGGAGAGGGUCUACUCCCUGUUCAAAGACAUCGGUCUCAAUUACUCUGGCCUUUUCCGCGGUAUUACCACCAUUGAUAGACAGCUUGACUACGCCAGCACCAAGAGCACCUGGGCGGAGGGCCUGGAUAGCGCUUACGUUGUCCAUCCCGCCAUGCUCGAUGUGGCAUUCCAGACCAUGUUCAUCGCAAAGGCUCACCCGGCCAGUCGUCAAAUCAGUUCUGCUCUCUUGCCGUCUCACAUAGAUCGCGUCCGCAUCAACCCAUCGGUGCAGUUUGCACAGCCGAGUGGGGGUGCUGAGACUGCUGCCGAGUUUGAGACGUGGGCUGUCAAGCAAACUGCCAACUCGCUGGUUGGUGAUCUCAACGUCUACGAUGCCGCAACGGGCAAGACUUUCUUGCAGGUGGAGGGGCUGGCCGUGAACUCUGUGGGUGAGCAGGACUCCUCUUCGGAUCGAUCAAUGUUCUCUAGGACUCUCUGGGGCCAAGAUGUCACCCUCGGCCUCCCUGAUCCUAUUAGAGAUCCUGUUAAGGAUGCCGAAGGGCUGCAGAUGGCCCACGCCGUCGAACGCGUUGCGUUGUUUUACGUCAAGAACAUCCUCAAGGAGGUCGGCCAGGAGGAGAGAGCUGGUUUCCAGUGGUACCAUCAGCGCAUGUUUGAGGCGUUCGAGGAACACGUUCGCGUCGUCAAGAGCGGUGAACAUCCCAUCAUCCUGCCCGAGUGGCUAGAUGAUGAGGCAUCAAUUUUGGACGAACUCGACGCCAAGCACGGCGAGACAAUUGACUUCAAGCUUCUCCACGCCGUGGGCAAGGACUUGGCUGAUGUUGUCCGAGGAAACAAGCAGAUGCUCGAAGUCAUGACCAAGGAUGACAUGCUUAACCGCUUUUACAUGGAAGGCUAUGCCUCUGUUCCAACUAACAAAGCAGUGGGUGACGUGAUGCGACAGCUGUCAUUCAAGUUCCCUCGGGCCAGAAUUCUGGAGAUCGGAGCCGGUACUGGUGGAACGUCGUGGAGUGUGCUCAACUGCAUUGACGAUGCGUACGAGUCGUACACUUACACUGAUGUCUCAUCCGGCUUCUUUCACCUUGCCGAGGAGAAAUUCGCCAAGUUCGCCCACAAGAUGAUCUUCAAGGUCUUGGACAUUGAGCAGGAGCCAAAGGAACAGGGCUUCGAGGAGCAAUCCUACGACAUCAUUGUCGCUGCCCUCGUCCUCCACGCCACCCAUGACUUGGAAAAGACGAUGCGCCAUGCACGGUCUCUGCUCAAGCCCGGUGGCUUCCUAGUCAUGGUUGAGCUUACAGGUACCAUGAGUGUCCGCGCCACUUUGGUCAUGGGAGGUCUUCCAGGAUGGUGGCUGGGCGAAAAUGAUGGCCGACGACUCAGUCCUCUUGUCACAGCCGUCGAAUGGGACAGGCUGCUGCAGGACACUGGGUUUUCCGGUGCAGAUGCUGUCAUCCACGACUUGGCCGACGAGGAGAAGCAUUGCACUGCCCUCAUCAUGGGCCAGGCUGUUGACGAUGACUUCCAACGUCUGAGGUCUCCAUUGAGCACUGUCGCUGAGCUUCCUCUCCCGACUGACCCCAUCGUCGUCAUUGGAGGCAAGCGACUGUCGACGUCCAAAGUCGUCAGAGAGAUCCAGAAGCUGCUGCCGAAGAAAUGGGCUCGCCACACGCUGGCAUAUAAAAGCAUUGAUGAGAUCGACGUGUCUAAAGUCACUCCCAGCAUCGAUAUACUUUCAUUACAGGACUUUGAUGAGCCUCCGUUCUCCCACACCGUUACGGCUCAUCGCAUGGCCAUCAUUCACGGAGAUGAGCUCUUCAUCAUCGGCGGACGGUCGGAGUCAUCGUGGGUAGUUGCUAUCACCAAUGUCAACGCCUCUAUCGCACAGGUCGAUGAAACGCACGUCUUCCCCAUUGAAGAAAAGGAUUGCACUCCGGAUAAUCUCUCUGCCAUUGCAAACUACGUCUUGUCAUGGGCUGUCACGACUGUGGCCGCCCCUUAUGCCUCGGUACUCUUGUUUGAGGCAGACGAUUCCUUGGCGGCAUCGGUCAAGGCUGAGCUUGCGGCAGUGGGCAGCAAGACGAUACUUGCCUCCACGCAUGGUCAUGGGCAUCCUACUAAUGACAUCAAGAUCCAUGCUCUGGCGUCCAAGCGUGCCAUCCAGAGGCUGGUGCCUCGUGACGUCCAGCUAUACAUUGACUGCUCCCUGGGCGCUUCUCCGGCUGCGGCCACUCUUGCGCAGAGUAUGCCGAGCAAGUGCAUCGUUCGACAGCUCAGCGCCGACCUGGUGCAAGAAGCUCUUCGCGGUGCUGCGAAGCCGGUGGCAGAGCUCCUUGGAGAAGCUUGCGCAUCCUCAGAUAUUGAAGCGACUGCUGUUCCCCUCAUUCCCGCUGCGAAGCUUGCUGGAGCUGGCGCCAUAUCCCUCAAAACUCAACCAUACAUCACUGAUUGGAAAACACAGGUGUCCAUCUCAACGACUAUCCAGCCUCUCAACCUUGAUGGUCUGUUCAAGCCUGACAAGACAUACUUCAUGGCGGGAAUGGCAGGAGGACUGGGCCUAUCAAUUUGCCAAUGGAUGAUUCGCAAUGGGGCCAAACACAUGGUCAUUACCAGCCGUCGUCCUCAGGUUGACGAAGCCACUCUGGAAGAAGCUGAGCGCGUUGGCGCUACGGUCAAAGUCCUGGCCAUGGACCUGACCAACAAAGAUUCCGUGGAAAAGGUCGUCAGGGAGGUUCGCGACACUAUGCCUCCCAUCGCAGGUGUUUGCAACGCCGCCAUGGUUUUGAAGGACGGCUUCUUCGUGGACAUGGACGUUGAUCAGUUUAAUAAUACCCUUGCCGCCAAGGUCAUCGGUUCCGAAAACCUCGAUGCCGUCUUCAACGACGCCCCCCUGGACUUCUUCAUCUUGCUGGGCUCAGUUGCCUCUGUCAUCGGAAACGUUGGGCAAUCCAACUACCAUGCCGCCAACCUGUUCAUGACCAGCCUUGUUCACCAACGGCGUGCACGUGGCCUUGCUGCAUCCAUCAUCCACAUUGCCUACGUGACGGACGUUGGCUAUGUUACCCGCGAGGAACGUGACCGCCAGCUUGACUCCCACUUUCGCAAAGUCAGGCUCAUGCCUACGUCCGAGACUGAUGUUCACCACGCAUUCGCUGAGGCUGUCAAGGGUGGAAAGCCUGAGAGCACCUCGGGAUACUAUGAUAUCAUCAUGGGUAUCGAGCCCCUUAGGGAGCAGAUUCCAUCGGACCAGCAGCCACUGUGGAUGAAGAACCCGCGCUUUGCCCACUUUGACCAGCAUGCUAUUCACGCCCAGAACGACCGUAGCUCCACGGGAUCUACGGAAAAUGUUCGAGCACUGGUGGAGAAGGCCGAGCAGGAAGAAGAGGCCAUUGAUGCAGUCAUGGCAGCUUUCUGCACCAAGCUGGAAUCCAUCCUGCAGCUCACGGCUGGUAGCAUCAACGUGCAGCGUCCCAUCACUGACUUGGGGAUUGACUCGUUAGUUGCCGUGGAAAUCCGAACAUGGUUCCUCAAAGAGCUUGGCGCCGAUGUGCCUGUCGUGAAGAUUCUCGGAGGUGACACUGUCCAGCAGCUGUCCACGAUUGCGACGAAGAAACUGCUGGCCAAGAAUAUGGAAGCCGGGGCUGAGAAAAAGUCGACAACUGAGAAGCCCGCCGAAGCUGCAGCCCCGGUUCCCACUAGCAAGCAGGAGGAGUCCAUCUCCAGCAACAGCUCCUACACGAAGGACGAGACACCCGAUUCCGACGAUAAAUCGGAACGCUCUGUCAGCGUCGCGGACGACAAGGCAGAUGAGAUGAGAAUCCGACCGGAAAUCCUCCGUGAAGAGAGAAUGUCACCCGCCCAGGCCCGCCUCUGGUUCAUGUCUCAGCAUCUUGAGAAUUCUUCGGCGUACAACAUGGCUUUCCGCUAUAGGGUCAAGGGGCCAAUCGGCAUCGCCAGAUUGAAACACGCACUAUCAGUUACCACGUACAACCAUGAGUGUCUGAGGAUGUGCUUCUAUUCGCGCCUCGAAGAUGGCCAACCCAUGCAAGGUCUCAUGGCCUCGUCGCUCUACCAAUUCAAUCAUAUUGUCAACGCAUCCGAUGCCGAUGUUGAUCGAGAAAUGUCACGGCUCUCUACUCGCAAAUGGGAUUUGGAGUACGGACACACGAUGGAAGUGUCACUAAUAAGCCGCAGCUCCGAGGACCACGACAUGAUCAUCGCAUAUCAUCACAUUGUCAUGGAUUCCAUGGGACUGGGCAUUGUCCUGAACGACCUGAACAGUGCUUACAAUAUGAGGCCUUUGAACAGGAGUGCCGGAUCAUAUAUGGACUUCUCCGUGCAGCAAUUGGAGCAGCAAACCCGAGGGGAGUUCGACGAGCAGCUGUCUUUCUGGGAGGCCGAGUUCAAGACGAUCCCCGAAACGCUUCCACGUCUUCCAUUUGCCAACAUCAGCGGUGCUCCUGGCGACGAGCCAGUGCCAGACACCUAUCACCAAUACCGCGAGCUGAACGAUGCGCAAUUUGCGUCGCUCAAGGCUACUUGCCAACAGCUUCGCAUCAGCCCUUUUCACUUCCACCUUGCUCUCCUGCAGGUCUUGCUUUCUCGCUAUACCAACACUGAGGAUCUUUGCAUCGGAGUUGUCGAUGCCAAUCGCAACAAUCACCAAUACGCCGGUACCGUUGGCUGCUUUGUCAACAUGGUCCCCGUUCGCCUGCAUAUGCCCCUCGGCAAGACUGGAUUCGCAGAUGUCGCUCAGCACACUCGCCAGAGUGCCCUCCGGGCUCUUGAGCAUUCGACGGUACCUUUUGACAUGAUAAUUGACAAGAUCAAGAUCCCCAGAUCUUCUGGUAGCACGCCACUUUUCCAAGCGGCGCUGAACUAUCGCACCGGUUCCCUCUGGGAAAUGCCCCUUGGACAGGCGAAAAUGACCAUGGCAGAUGUGAAAGACGCCAACAACCCAUACGACUUGAGCUUGGGUAUUGCAGAGACACGUACCGGGUGCAUGGUGGAGUUUUAUGUUUCGUCGUCUGCUUACAGCUCUGAGGCUUGCUGUACCAUCAUGGAUGCGUACAUGCGGCUUCUGGAUGACUUCUCAAGCAACCCCGACCUUCAGAUUGGAAAUUGCAACGUCUACGACAAAUCGGGCAUUGAAAGCUCAUUGAAAGUUGGAAAGGGCCCCGUCAUAACUUUUGGCUGGCCGGCAACUCUUUCUCAGCGCUUUUUGGAUAUGGUUCGCCGCCACCAUGAAGACGCAGCCGUGACCGAUAAAACUAGCACAUUGACAUACGCUGAGCUUAUGGAGAGGGUCAACGCUGUAUGCGACACACUUGUCCGAUAUGGAUGUGGAUCAGGCUCUCAUAUCGCCGUCCUUUGCGAACCGUCUAUCGACACUAUUGUGUCAAUGCUAGCUAUCCUACACAUUGGCGCUGUCUACGUUCCCCUGGACGUCAGCUUGCCAACCGCGCGCCAUGUCGCUAUGAUUCACUCCUCCAAGCCAUCGUUGAUCGUGAGCCACUCUACCACAGAUGGUCUGGCACGGGAUUGCAUCGACAAGGUUGACUUCCCCAUCAGGCGGGUCGUCCUUGAUGACAUCCCGGAUGAAGAAGUCAGGGUAACCGUGCCAUGCGUGGCGUCGCCAGAUACGUGCAGCGUGAUACUCUUCACUAGCGGCUCUACGGGCACACCAAAGGGCAUCAUGCUUUCACAGGCCAACUUCGUCAACCACCUGGCUCUCAAGACACACUUGCUUGGAUUGGGCAAGGAAACCGUGCUUCAGCAAAGCUCCACGGGCUUCGACAUGUCAAUGAUUCAGAUGUUCUGCGCCCUCGCGAACGGUGGUCGCUUGGUAAUCGCCCCGUUCGAGAUCAGGCGCGAUCCGAUCGAAAUGGCGUCACUUAUCCGAAGUGAGCAGAUCUCACUCUCUAUCGCUACGCCAUCCGAAUACCUCGCCUGGACCCGCUAUGGAGCCUCCUCGCUGAAGGAGAACACAGCGUGGCGUCACAUUUGUAUGGGUGGUGAGCCAGUCACCCGUCAGCUGGUGCUGGAGCUUCGUCGUCUUGGACUUCCAAAUCUGAGAGUCACAAACUGUUACGGACCAACGGAGAUCACAGCCGCAGCUUCAUUUCAUACUGUCGACCUGGGAAGCCAAGGCAACUUGAAUGCCGAUACUGUCAAAUAUACCGUUGGCAAGGUGCUCCCUAAUUACACUGUGUCCAUUCUGGAUGUAUCGGGCAGUCCUCAGCCGGUUAACUAUACAGGAGAAAUAUGCAUUGGAGGGGCGGGAGUGGCCUUGGGCUAUGUCAAUGCUUCCGGAGACGCCGCCAGCAACUUCAUCGUGACUGCGCAGGGACAAAGGAUGUAUCGUACCGGAGACCGUGGGCGCCUCUUAUCUGACGGUACCCUGCUACUAUUUGGCCGCAUCGAUGGCGAUGCCCAGAUCAAACUUCGGGGGCUCCGUAUCGAUUUGCAGGAAGUGGAAUUGGCUGUGCUCGAGGCGGCGAACGGUCUUCUGUCCACCGUGGUUGUCUCUCAGCGGGGGGAUGUGCUCAUUGCCCAUGCCACAGUCUCUGCAGACAAGGCCGCAGCUGGGUCGGUCACUGACGAUGAUUUGACGGGCGUGCUGAGGCGGUUAACGCUACCUCAAUACUUCAUUCCAGCUCGCAUCAUCACCUUGUCGUCCCUUCCCACCAAUGCGAACGGGAAGCUGGAUCGCAAAGCCAUCGCCGCCCUUCCGCUUCCACAAACCCAAUUCACGGCUGGUCCGACCUCAUCAGAGGAGAAGAUGACGGUUGGUGAGGGCGAAUUGCGCCUCUUGUGGGAGCGCGUGCUUCCACAGGCAGCGUCCUCGGCCCGCAUCUCGCCGUCGUCGGACUUCUUUCUUCUGGGAGGCAAUUCACUUUUGCUGAUGAAGCUUCAAGCGGCAAUCAAGGAUUCGAUGAAUGUCAUCAUGUCAACCCGAAAGCUUUAUCAGGCAAGCACGUUGCGGGACAUGGCUCGGGCGGUCGACGAGCAGAGGCGGUCACAGACUGAGAAUGACGCCGAGCUGGAGAUUGACUGGGCAGCAGAAACGGCUAUUCCCAAGUGGCUCUUGAACCAGAUUCACGAACUAUCGAAUUCAAACCACUUUACACGCUCAAAGUUGCCCGUGGAAAAAAUCAGCGUCUUGAUGACCGGCGCAACAACGUUCCUUGGGGGUCACCUGUUGAAGUCUCUCCUUCAGUCGGACACGGUGAGCCAGAUUUACUGCGUCGCCGUCCCCGCCGAUGAUCAGAAGUUGCUCCCCGAAGACGAGAAGAUUGAAUGCUUUACUGGAAGCCUACUUUCGCCUACUCUGGGGCUCAAUGCAGCUGAGCGGGAGCGAUUGGAGAGCGUUGCAGACGUCAUCGUGCACGCAGGAGGUAGCGGCCACUGUCUCAACACGUACGCGACGUUGCGCACCCCCAAUGUUGUCUCUACCCAGUUCCUCGCUUCAAUGGCGCUGCCGCGCUCCAUUCCGCUGCUUUUCCUCUCCUCCAAUCGAGUUGUCCUUCUGACUGGAAAUACUUCGCCUCCAGCAGCUUCUGUCAGUGCUUUCCCUCCGGCAACAGACGGUCGCGAAGGUCAUAUGAUGAGCAAGUGGACCAGCGAGGUGUUCCUGGAGAAUCUGGUCAGUCACUUACAAGGCUCAUCGCUUCGGCAUCAGCAGAAGCCUUGGACUGUCGCGGUGCAUCGCCCGUCCGUCAUUGUCAGCGAAAACGCCCCCAACUCUGAUGCUCUGAAUGCAAUCCUCAGGUACUCGAUUCUGAUGCAAUCCUCGCCCCGAAUGGACAAUGUCAGAGGCUACCUUGACCUAGCACAGCUGGACACGGUCGUUGCCGAAUUGUGCCAAUCUGUGAUCCAGCUUGGCUCAGGCCAGAGCAACCAGGAGUCCACGGAUAUCAUUUUUAAGCACCAUUCGGGUGGAGUCAAGGUUCCUGCCACUGAACUCUGGUCACAUCUAGAAAAGGUAUACGGGGUCACUUUUGAUGAGGUUGAAAUGGAUGAGUGGCUGCGCCGUGCGGCCAAGGCAGGGAUCGACCCCCUGAUUACGGCUUACUUGGAGGCUAUUCAGAGCAAUGGCGCCAAGAUGAUUUUCCCCUACAUGGGAAGCGACUGA